GACAGCACAGCCGGACCCCUUCCUCCUCCCCUCCUGUCCCCCCGCCCGCCCCUUCGUCCAGCCUCGCUGCCCUGCGGGGCUCCGGCCCCUGCCCUCCUGGUGCGGGGCAGCGCGGGUCAGUGACAAAGGGGCAGCGACGGAGCUGCCUCCUCCCCGCCCCCCCAGCGGCAUCCCCCACCCCCUCCCGGGACUGCUCCUGAUUCGGUGUGAGCCUCUGACAGCUUGGAUCUCUCCUAGAUCAGCCCUCACCUGGAUAUAACCGUGCCGGGCCGCCGCGAUGACAACUCUGGCUGGAGCUGUCCCCAGGAUGAUGCGACCCGGGGCCGGACAGAACUAUCCCCGCAGCGGCUUCCCCCUGGAAGUCUCUACUCCUCUAGGCCAGGGCAGAGUCAAUCAGCUCGGAGGAGUGUUUAUCAAUGGCAGGCCUUUACCCAACCAUAUCCGACACAAGAUAGUGGAGAUGGCUCACCAUGGCAUAAGGCCCUGUGUCAUCUCUCGCCAGCUGCGAGUGUCCCACGGCUGCGUCUCCAAAAUUCUCUGCAGGUACCAAGAGACGGGCUCCAUCCGACCGGGGGCCAUCGGCGGCAGCAAACCCAAGGUAACGACGCCGGAUGUUGAGAAGAAAAUCGAGGAAUACAAGCGGGAAAACGCUGGGAUGUUCAGCUGGGAGAUUCGGGACAAACUGCUGAAGGACGGAGUGUGUGACCGCAACACGGUGCCGUCAGUGAGUUCCAUCAGCCGUAUCCUGCGGAGCAAGUUUGGGAAAGGCGAGGAAGAGGAGGCAGAGCUGGAAAGGAAGGAGGUAGAGGAAGGUGACAAGAAGGCCAAGCACAGCAUUGAUGGCAUCCUCAGUGAAAGAGCAUCAGCACCUCAGUCUGACGAAGGCUCUGACAUCGAUUCUGAACCAGAUUUACCUUUAAAAAGAAAGCAGCGUCGCAGCAGGACAACUUUCACUGCAGAGCAACUGGAAGAGCUGGAAAGAGCUUUUGAGAGGACACACUACCCUGAUAUUUAUACUAGGGAAGAACUUGCACAGAGGGCCAAGCUGACAGAGGCUCGUGUCCAGGUCUGGUUUAGUAACCGCCGUGCUAGAUGGAGGAAACAGGCAGGAGCCAAUCAGCUGAUGGCCUUCAACCAUCUGAUCCCAGGAGGAUUCCCACCCAGUGCCAUGCCGACUUUGCCCACGUACCAGCUCUCAGAGCCCUCCUAUCAACCCACCUCCAUACCGCAAGCUGUGUCUGAUCCCAGCAGCACUGUCCACAGACCUCAGCCUCUCCCUCCAAGCACUGUACACCAAAGCAGCCUCCCUUCAAAUCCAGAGAGCAGCUCUGCCUAUUGCCUCCCCAGCAGCAGGCAUGGAUUUUCCAGCUAUACAGACAGCUUUGUGCCUCCGUCCGGACCCUCAAAUCCCAUGAACCCUGCCAUUGGCAAUGGCCUUUCACCUCAGGUAAUGGGCCUCCUGACUAACCAUGGUGGUGUACCUCACCAACCCCAAACUGAUUAUGCCCUGUCCCCUCUAACUGGGGGCCUGGAGCCCACCACCACUGUCUCAGCCAGCUGCAGCCAGCGGUUAGAUCACAUGAAGAGUUUAGACAGCCUGCCAACAUCCCAGUCCUACUGCCCACCAACCUACAGCACCACAGGUUACAGCAUGGACCCUGUCACAGGCUACCAGUAUGGACAGUAUGGACAAAGUGCCUUUCAUUAUCUGAAGCCAGAUAUUGCAUAAAUGAACUGUCCACUUCAAGCUAAAGCUGGUCUUAUUUUCCGGUCUCACUCCAAGGCUUGGAUACGAGAGAUCUUCUCAACACACUGCAGUCUAAACUGGGGCAGUCCCACUGAGAGAAGCAGGCUUCUUGUGUUCUCUCCAGUCAUAGCUUUUAGUUGACUUUUGAAGGCUGGACAAAGCUACGCAGAAGACAAAGGCCAAAAGCAAUAAGGAACAAAUAAAUCGGCCACGGUUCAUUGUGACUGGCUAUACAAAUGAGAGCAGCGUUUAACCCUGCUGCCUGGCAAAACAUUCCACUUUUUGUUGUUGAAAUUAAUGUGCAUUGAUUGGGACAAAUGGAACAUUCUGAAACUUGGAGCAGUUGAGCUCUGCCUACUCUGACUCAUCUGACAGCCAGUGCUGACUUCACUCCAACUUCAAAACUGCGCUGUUUCUGCAGCAGGGGCGGGAGGAACUCUUUCUGUUGUAGACACUGGAAACUGUCACCAAGAGGCAAUGCCACAGUCCAUAGGAAGCUAAGAUGAGUGCAAAAGACUUCCAGAGCACCCCAUUGGUUACCUUACUGUGCUUUUGUAAUCAUCUUGUUAAUAACUAUCACUUAAAAGUUUUGCUUUACGAAAACAUCAAGAUCUUGUGUACCCCAAAAAGCAGGUUUUAGCUUGCUGCCUGUGCUUCUCCUAGUCUCUUGGCUAGGAUACCUCCUCUUUUUGAGCAAACGUGGGAGGAAAAGGUCUCCAACAACACAGCUGAUUUUUCCCAACUGCCUAGCAAUGUGCAAUACUGUGUACCUCACCCAGGCUUUGGGAUCACCCAAAGUCUUAGAGAUAGAAGCAGAACUAUAUUUUUGCAGGUACUUUUAUUUUUGCAGUGCAGAAUUCCUGAUGGCAGAACAUGAAAAUGUUGUGGUCUGCUGGAGGACUCAACUCCAGCUCCUUGAUCCCGAUUUAAAGGUCACGUUCAGGAAAAGGUAGGAAGAAAUGGCAAGGUUUACAUUUUGUUUUAUUUAGCGAUGUACAGGGCCUGUAUUUGACACAUUUGUUUAAAUUAUACAGCGAGAUCCAAUAGAGAAAAAGAAAAUAUAACUCUAGGAACCAAGGUUUACAAGAAGUUUGCGUUGUGACAUUUUAGAAUGUCAAUAAACUGUGUUUUGUGAUGUUGAGAGGAAGAGGAAGAUGGAAGGCGACGUUAUUUAUUUCUCUCUAUUCUUAGAACAAGGGGGGGAGGCAGAACACAAAUACAUUCCUUUUAGCGUUAAGGACUAUGAAGUAGUGAGCUAGAUUAGGUUCAGUACAGAGGUUAGGUCACACAUGGGUCUUACAGAUGAUGGAGAAACGAAAUGUUAUCUUUGUGUUGCAGCCUCUACAACAACACCUGUUGUUUAAAAAAGCCAAACGAAAAACCACCACCACCAAACCCCAAACAACAGCAACAAUAAGGAACAACAAUAAAAAAGAAACCUGUAAAAAGCUCAGUAAAUAUUUACUAUUUAUAAUGAUGAAACAUUAUGAAGACUUGCAAAGCACUGAUGAUUUUUGUCCUAAAAUGUAGUAUUGUGCUAAAUACAUUGAUACAUUUUAAUCUGAAUAUCAUGAAGAAA